GUGCUGGAAAACCGUUCAGAAAAAGUUUGACCUAACUUCGCGGACCAAAGUUUUCUGGACAUUUAAACAAAAACUCAACUUCUCAAGCUCAAAAAGUGAAAUAUUUAUAUCAGAUUGAUGGCAAAAUGCUAUAGAAUCGACUGGAGUACCAUUCAGGAUGAGGAACUGGGUUGAUAGGAACGCAUUUGCGUACUCCAUGACCUCCCUGGCAGCUGUGUUGAUGAACUCCAUCUUUCGGUUCUACUAUGUAAGACUUUUCACCGAUUACUACCACAUAUCAGAGUCAUGGUUCCAUGUGGCACAGGUGGUUUACAUGAUAUGGAACGCUGUCAAUGAUCCAUUGUUUGCAUACUGGCAAGACAACUCCAACAUCAAGGCAUUCCGCUCCCGUCGUCAUGCCAUCAUGUACGGAGCGCCGCUGUUUGUCGUCUGCUUUCUCCUGCCAUGGUUUCCCUGGAAGACCUACAAAGCCAAUGAAUGGAUAAUUGGAGUCCAUCUCAUGGUCUCUUUGUGCUGCUACGAUGCGUUGUUCACCUUCGUGCUCUUAUCGCACUGUGCCCUUUUCGCCGAGAUAUCCACUCGACACGAGGACCGCGUGAGACUGACCAGGUAUGGCCAAGUGGCUUCCAUCGUGGGCUCAACGUCUGUUCUCUUUAGCCAGUUUGUAUCUGACAACUUGAACAACUUCCAUGCAUUCCAGCUCUGGUGUGUCUUUGUAGCCUUUCUCAGUUGGGCUGCAAUGCAUUACACAGGGCGCAACGUAAGGACUCGGUUUGAACUUCAGCCAUCGGGUCUGGGGGCUUCCGGACAUCUGAGCAUGGACAAGAAAUCCUUGAGCCCCACUUUGCAAGAUGGCUCUCUCUCCCUAUCAUACAGCCAGGCCAAACAGAUCAUCUUCAACAGGAACUUCUUGAUAUUUGUAUUCAUCAACUUUUGUCAGAUAUUUCACAUGGAUUAUGGAGCCAACUUCCUGGCCGUUUUUGUCACCCAACUCAUUCCAGAGACGGACCUGUCUCAGGUCAUCAGGAACGCUUUGUUUGGUACAACCUUUAUCCUUCCUCAGUUCUUAGUCUUAUUCCUGAGCAUUUUCGUCACACGGUAUGGCUAUUACAGGAUCAUUGUCUGGUCAUUCUACUUCAAGAUCUGUUCAGCAAUCCUCAUGUUCCUCAUAGGAGCACAGCAUACACACAUCAUGGUAUUCUUCUUUAUAAUGGACAGGAGCCUUCCUGAUGCAAUAUUCUCAUUCUUCAAUCUUUGUCUUUCUGACAUCAUUGACGAGGAUCAACUAAGAAACGAGAGAUCGAGUCCUUUGUCAUCGAGCGUCUUCGGCUACAAUGCACUCUUCACCAAGCCAGCAUCCUCCCUAGCCCCUAUGAUGGUAGUGAACAUCCUCAAUCGCUAUGGUUACAAAGAACUACAGGAUGAGAAACUUUCACUCCAACACACCACCGAGCUCAAAGGAACCAUGUUUAUACUGGCUUGUUUCAUACCAAUCGUCAUCGGGUCACUACAACUCCUUGUCUGGAGAAACUACACCAUCCGUAGUAGUCAUAUUACCGUUGCCAAGCACGUCGAAACAUAGUUCAGCUUACAUCCGGGCCCUGGGAACGAUUAUUGUAGAGGGGAUGCUACAUUUGAAGAAAAAAAAUGACAAGGUUUUCGCUCCAAAAUGAAGUGGAUUUCGGUCAAACUUCUACUGUUGAGCAUACAAACCUGAUUUCCAGGGGUGCUGCCUAUGGUCAAUGUCGCAGCCCCAGACAAAUCAGGGGUGCUUGCGUCAUGUACAGGUAAUUUCGCCCCAAUUUGAAUCUCCUAACAUGUCUACAGUGGAAUUUUAACAUUCCAUCUGUAUAUAAAAGGGGGGGGGUAAUAACAGGUUUUUCUAAUUCUGUUAGGAUAAUAUGUGCCUGUACAGGACCUAAUGGUGAGCUCAUAGCAACACCAUUUCUUUGUUGAUAAAGUUUGCCACUGCAUGAUUUGUCUUUUACAACAGAAAUAUGCUCAGGUUUGAUCAAAACUAGGGUGUGGUCAACAUAUCUAUGGUAGAAUAUUAACAUUCCAUCUUCUAGAUAAAGUUUGCCAUUGCAUGAUUGAAUCUCCUGGGAGUACAGAACCCUGUUAAACUUGGGAGAAGAGAUUCAACUUUGAAAGGGUAUAUUACACGUUUUUGUAUUAUAUGGGGCCUGUAACAUAACAGAUACAAUUUCCAAAAGAAUGACGCAGUAUUAACUUGAAGACAAAAAUGAUGAAGAGAACAGAACGUUUUGAUAAAUGGAACACGUUUCAUUUAUUAAGCUUCAUCCUCAGCCUGAAAAUUAUAAACAGAGUCGUUGGUAUUAUACAGUUUGGCUAUCAGGUAAAUAUGAAGUUAAAUUAAGAUCAUAUAGAUCUACAUCUUUUAAGUGUAAAGUGUAUAGAUACCAACGACUCUGUUUACAAUUUUCAGGCCGAGGAUGUGGUUUGAUUACCUUGAAACAUAUUCCGUUUCAUUAAAAUGUUAUGAACUAUUCAUUAUUUUUGUGGGCGCAUCGUGGUCUAGUGGUUCCGACUCUCGCCUUCCAAAGAGGGCUAUGCGUUCAAAUCUUAGCCAUGGCGUGGUUUCCUUCAGCAAGAAAUUUAUCCACACUGCUGCACUCGACCUAGGUGGGGUGAAUGGGUACCCGGCAGGAUUUAUUCCGUGAAUGCACCGAGCGCCGGUGAUGGUAGCUCGAGCUAAAGCUGGAUUAAUAAUAGUAGCGUUUGGUAUCCUCAGGCAAAAAGUACUAUAAAAAUCCAGCUAUUAUUGUUAUUAUUAUUAAAAGUCGAUUGUACUAUAAAGCGUAACUAGUUCACUGCCAAACCAUGUACCAAAGUUACAAUCGACUGUAAAUAUCAAUCUGAUCUUUUUAUGUUACUUCCACCUGGGCCCUGUAGCAUAAAACUUAGCAAUUGAUUAUAGGUCUGAUUUCUACGAUUGAUUGCGUAGGUCUGGGCCCUGUCUUACAAAGAGUUACGAUUGAUCCGACCAAUCACAUCAACUAUGGACGGCCAGCAACCUCAACAUCUAUCAUGCAUGUUCAAAAUACUUUCUAACUAUGAUGUACAGUGUAUUCAUGCAUUCCUUGUUUUCUUGAAAAUUUACUGCGCUUCUCUUUGUUUACAAAGGACAUUGUGCAAAUUUCCUGUAGAAAAAAUGAUGGAUUUCCAUAGGGUUACGAUUGAUUGGAUCAAUUGUAACACUUUGUAAGAUGGGGCCCUGAUUUCAGUUUAUUGAUUGCAUUGACUAUUGUGUAUGAUCGAUCAUAAAAAUCAUUCACAUGGUCAAUCACUUAAAGCUAUAUGUUACAUGGCCCCGGUCUCAGAAAAUGCUUUGACUUGGGUGAAUAUGUGACCUGCCACCCCAAAACCAACAAUACGUCGACCAAAAUGAAUAUUGAGAUUUUUAUUGAGCUUGAAAAUUCAUUUCCUAAGCUUCAAAAUGAUACUUGAUAUGUUAAAACUGACCAACAAUAACCAUUACAAGUGCUUGAUUGCAUGCAGAGGAACUUCAGCAAGAGCUUUAAAAAUAUGUAGAAAACAAGGUUCGAAGUUUGGGGUUCACUCAAGCAUGAGAUGUGCAUACUGUGUAAUCUCAGUGAAACUUCCAAUCAGUCCGAAAAAGUAGUGUCCAAAAAACUCUUGUAUCUUUUCCUUUAUUCAACUUCACGACUUCAAGUUUUUACAGUAUAAAGAAGAAAAAUGCUCUUUCAGAUGAGCUAUUUUUUUGUUUUUUUUUUGUUUUAGGAGACAAAAUUACUAUUUUGGCUAUUUACAGAGAACCUUACCUGGUGACAUAUUGGUGGUUAAGGGGUGGUGGGUCACAUAUUUGAGUAAUGGACAACAGUCUUCUGCAAGUUUAUCCGUUCAGACAUGUAACUAUUUUUAAUCCUAACUUACCUUGGCUAUUUUGCGAGCUUCAAUGAACUGCAUAUGAACUUAAAUUUCAUUUUAACAAAGUGCAAAAUAAUAAGUAGACAAAGUCUGAUUUUGCUCAGUAUUGACGUAGUUUACCAGUACUUGGGGGUUGUUGCCAGAAAAUAUUUGCCAUCAAUUGCAAAUUUACAGAUGAUAAAUCAAUUUUAACCAAUGCAAAUCAAUUUAUACUUGUUGAUGCAAGAAGGAGACCAUCAAUCAAUUGCAAAUUUGCAAUGAAAUGCAUGAUUUUCAAUUGAUUUUUUGACCUAAUAUUGAAUUGCGAUCAAUUGUGAGUUUCUUGCAACUCCCCAUUAGUCUAUAUGAUUAGGUGAGCUGUUGAACUAAAUUUUUAUUUUGACAAAACGCACAAUAAUUAUAUGAAGUGGAUCUGGGCAUUAGACUCAUUUGCAUAUAGACUGAAGUGGAGAAGACCGCACAGAAAUUGAGAGUAGGCUAAACGGAUUUAGUUAAUUUGGUAUUAGAGGUUUUGAGAAGUACUUGUAAACCAACUUCUUGUACACCAAGUGAAUGGGUAUAUUUUCCAGAUUAUGUUUUGAUAACGUUGCAUAUCCAGACUUAUCUUUUCCAUUCCUCCUUGAGUUUUCAUGGUUUCUUAGCUGUUGAUAAUUUCUUGAUAGUGAUAUUUGUUAAGCUGAACAAAAAGAAACCACUAAGAUCUGUUUGAAAUGCUGAUAUUACUAGUAUGUUCUAUAGUCAAAGGUAGAUUUGUUCCUCAUACUUGGUUUUCAUCGAUGCAGCAUGCAAUGCUGUUGUGUAAUGUUUUCUGAAAAAUUCUAUACUGAAAUAUUAACUUAUACUUUUUUGAAAGUCUUUCAUACAUCAAUACUUUUAACUAUUUCAUAUCUUACAAAAAGAUAUUUAAAUAUUCAUCUUUAUGUAUAUUUUCUAUUUACAUUUGAUGUUAGAUUACAUACAUGUAUUAAUGACACUAUGAAGUAGUUUCCCAAGUUCCAGAAUGAUCGUAAUUUGUACAAGGAUUGAGUUUGUUAAGUGGCUUUUUAGACACUGAUUAAUCAUGAAUAGAAUGAUUAAAAAGAUCAAGAAAUUAUAUUAGUUAUAUUAAUUAAAUUUUAGCAGCAUUUCCUCAGUUCUUGCCUCGUUUUGCUUCAAUUGGAAGGCAUGGUACUUUUGAGAGGUGAUUGCGAUAUUGUGACAUCUUCAGUUUUACACAACUCAGCAUUACACAACUUACAUAAGGCCUUUAUAGUGUGCAGCUGGGGGGUUGCAUAAAUUACAGAUUAUUUGAUAAAUUACUCCUCAUGUGGAAGGCUGCAUUUGUUUUGUAAGCAGUGAAUAUUACAAUAAAUCUUGCAAUAUCA